GCUGAGAGGGACACGGUCUCACACAAUAGAGAGGCCGAGAUUGGAACAAGAAAGGGUCCUGGAGAUGUGGAGACUCAGCCGGUGAACAAUAAACAUUACAGGUGUAGAAAAGAUCAACAAUAAUAAGGUGCAAUCGAAAGUCCAAACUGCUAACACCUGUAUGAAAGACACCAACCCAAUGAGUGAGAGCUGGUCCUGGAUAAGGAGAAACCGCCGAUCCACUGAGAUGAAUGUUGUCCUGGAUAUGGAGAGACAUUGUAUACAAUGAGAGCUGACUAUAGACAUAUAGGGGCCCCUAAUCCACUGAGAUAUUGCUGAAUAAGGAGAAACACUCCGUAAAACAAAGAGAAAGCAGGACACGGAUAGGUCGCACUCUGGUGAGAAGUGGAUUUAUAAAAUGCUGUGAUUGACCGAGAGACUGUCAUACAGAUAACUUACAGCGAGAGACAGCUGAGAUGCACAGAGACCGUUCAUACUGAAACAAGAAGUACGUUUAAGAGAGACGAGGACGCUGAUUUAUGUUUCACUACUCUACUUUUUUUUUUUUAGAGAAACAGCCCCCUUCUGACCUGGGUGCGGAGGGACCGCACAUCCACCAAAAUACACAGAAACUAACUUAUUAAGGCGUAUAUGGAUACAGCUGGGGAAGACCCAUAACGUGCCCGGUAAUGCUUGGCUCUUCAUGCUGAGUCCCGGUGUAAGGGCCCCCUGCAGGUCCCGGGGCCAGGGAACACCAUGUUGGAGCCCGCAGGUUUCGCGGAGGCGUGGCGGGCUCAGUUCCCAGAUGCAGAGCCGCCUCGCAUGGAGCUGCGCACUGUACGGGACAUGGAACAAGAGUUAGAGCGGUGCAGGGCUUCUGUUCGCCGCCUUGAGCGGGAGCUCAACCGUGAGCGCUUCCGUAUGAUCUACCUGCAGACCCUGCUAGCAAAGGAACGUCGGGGCUACGAUCGGCAGCGCUGGGGAUUUGAGGAUAGGGGGCCGCCGGGUGCGGAAAAGAGCCCAGGAGCUGAGGAGAGAGUGCGUGGCCCCGGCAGAGAAGAGAGGAGUCCAGAGGAGAGACCGCGGGGUCCUGGUCGUAGAGAACCACCAGUUGGGGCACCCGACCUGUCACCGGUUGAUACGAGUAGGGGCCCUCGUCGCCUUCUCAGCCUCACUGAGAGGGACGAGCCGCGAUCAGACAGGCUCAGAAGAGCAUCGUCCCACCCCGAGGGCAGCCCAGGGCCCCGGGGUCCUAAUUCCACUGACACUCGUAGGGGACGCUCUUCAGACAGUAGCUGUGGCUGGGAUGGGGAAUACGAGGAGCCUGAGCUGAACCCUCGUUUUCUGAGGGACAAUGCGCUGCCUGGCCCCGGAGGUUCAUGGGGGGAAGCCUGGCCGCGCCGUUCCUUCUCCCCGCGGAGUUUUGAAGACUUGGGAGGAGGUUACACUCCAGACUGCAGCUCCAACGAGAACUUGACCUCCAGCGAAGAGGAGUUGUCAUCGGGUCCAUCAGGUAGAGUGUCACCACGGGGCCCCUGGGGUCGUUCCCCGCCAUCCCCGGGUAGUGCCAGUCCGCCCACCCCACAGGCACCAGCAAGACACUGCCAGCUCCGUGUGUCAGAGGCUGCCAUCGUAGGAGUAAGGAGGAGCGGACAGAUUUGGCCAAGUUGUGCAGAGCCAACAACAAGAGAUGGAGAUGCCUCUCUCUGCAGGACACCCCCUGGUGGUGCUGAUGAGCAUCGUGUGCAACAUGACCUAAUGCCCUACAUAGAUGAGUCGCCUUCAUCCUCUCCUCAGCUCAGUGUGAAGAACAGGGGUAGUAGAGAUACCCUCUCUUCUGGAUCCUUGGAGUCCAGUAAAUCGAACGAGUUGGACUUGGAGAAAGGUCUGGAAAUGAGAAAGUGGGUACUGUCUGCCAUUCUUGCCAGUGAAGAAACUUACCUGAGUCACUUGGAGGCUCUACUGCUGCCCAUGAAGCCUCUUAAAGCUGCAGCAACCACAUCACAACCUGUGCUCAGUGUGCAGCAGAUUGAAACCAUCUUUUUCAAGGUCCCUGAGCUUUAUGAGAUCCACAAAGAGUUUUAUGAUGCUCUGUUCCCACGUGUACAGAAAUGGAGCCACCAACAGCGUGUGGGAGACCUUUUUCAAAAACUGGCAAGUCAGCUUGGUGUAUAUCGAGCCUUUGUUGACAACUAUGAGGUUGCCAUAGAAACAGCGGAGAAAUGCUGCCAGGCCAACGCACAGUUUGCUGAAAUUUCUGAGAAUCUAAAGGCCAGAAACACUCGGGAGUCUAAGGAAGCGGCAGCUAAAACUUCUUUGGAGGCUCUACUUUACAAGCCGGUAGAUCGUGUGACACGCAGUACACUAGUUCUACAUGACCUUUUGAAACAUACACCACUUGGGCACCCAGACCACCCAUUACUACAAGAUGCACUCCGAAUUUCUCAAAACUUCUUAUCUAGCAUCAAUGAGGAGAUUACACCCCGACGGCAGUCUAUGACUGUGCGCAAGGGAGAGCACCGGCAACUCUUAAAGGACAGCUUCAUGGUGGAGCUGGUGGAGGGUGCCCGGAAGUUGCGCCAUGUCUUCCUUUUCACUGAUUUGUUAUUGUGUGCAAAACUAAAGAAACAGAUAGGAGGAAAGAGCCAGCAGUAUGAUUGUAAGUGGUACAUACCACUAGCAGAUCUGAACUUCCAGCCUCUAGAUGAGUCAGAAAGUGCACCCAACAUCCCCUUGGUUCCAGAAGAGGAGCUGGAAGCCAUCAAAGUAAAAAUAUCCCAGCUCAAGAAUGAUACCCAGAGGGAGAAGAAAGCUAAUAAAGGAGGAAAAGGUUUGGAGCGUCUACGCAAGAAGCUGUCAGAACAAGAAUCCUUAUUACUGCUUCUUUCCCCCAGUAUGGCUUUUCGUGUUCAGAACCGCAAUGGCAAGACCUAUACAUUCCUUACGUGGUCAGAUUAUGAGCGAGCUGAGUGGGGGGACCAUGUACGAGAACAGCAGAAGAAGUCGGGUUUUAAGAGCUUCUCUUUGACCUCACUGGAGAUUCAGAUGCUGACAAACUCUUGUGUGAAACUUCAGACAGUACAUAGGGUCCCGCUGACCAUCAGCAAAGAAGAUGAUGAGUCUUCAGGACUCUAUGGAUUCUUGAAUGUAAUUGUCCAUUCAGCCACAGGUUUUCAGCAGAGCUCAAAUCUCUUUUGCACUCUGGAAGUAGAUUCCUUUGGAUAUUUUGUGAACAAGGCAAAAACACGUGUAUAUAGAAAUACAACUGAGCCCAGCUGGAAUGAGGAGUUUGAAAUUGAGCUGGAAGGCUCCCAGACCCUUCGUAUCCUAUGCUAUGAGAAGAGCUACAACAGGAACCGGCCCGGGAGAGAGGAUGGUGGCGAGAGCACUGAACGCAUGGUGGCCAAGGGACAAUUGCAGCUAGAGCCACAGAUUGUCAUGGGGAAGGACUGGCAGCGCUCUGUUGUUGCAAUGAAUGGGAUUGAAGUCAAGCUAUCGCUGAAGUUUAUAAGCCGCGAAUUUAGUCUGAAGAGAUUGCCAUCCCGCAAGCAAACUGGUGUCUUUGGAGUUAAAAUCAGCGUUGUCACAAAAAGGGAACGCUCCAAGGUUCCAUACAUUGUGCGUCAGUGUGUGGAGGAGAUCGAAAAGCGAGGAGUGGAAGAAGUUGGGAUUUACAGAGUGUCUGGAGUGGCCACUGAUAUUCAGGCCCUGAAGAAUGCCUUUGAUGGAAAUAACAAGGAUGUCUCAGUCAUGAUGAGUGACAUGGAUGUAAAUGCCAUUGCUGGGACUCUGAAGUUGUACUUCCGAGAACUUCCAGCUCCUCUCUUUACAGAUGAACUUUACCCCAACUUUGCAGAGGGCAUUGCGCUGUCUGAUCCUGUUGCCAAGGAGAGCUGUAUGCUGAACCUGCUUCUAUCUCUACCAGAGCCGAAUCUGCUCACCUUCCUUUUUCUACUGGACCAUCUCAAAAGAGUGGCAGAAAAGGAGGGCAUAAAUAAGAUGUCAUUACAUAACCUGGCCACAGUAUUUGGCCCCACUCUUCUGCGACCAUCAGAGAAGGACAGUAAGAUCCCCACCAAUCCCACACAACCAAUCAGCAUGGCGGACAGCUGGAGUCUGGAAGUGAUGUCACAGGUGCAAGUUCUGCUGUACUUUUUGCAGCUGGACACUAUUCCCACCCCAGACAGUAAGCGCCAGAGCAUCCUCUUCUCCACCGAGGUCUGAUCUCUACUUCCUGCUGGUGCUUAAAUAACAAACAAAAAACUCUUUCAGUGCCUCAGUCCUUUUUUGGAGGAUUACAUUAUAGCAACGUGGAAUCUUCUAGUUAUUUGCUUUCACUGCCAGUUUGCACCAAGAAGAAAUGGGACCAGAAAUCUUCCCCCUCCUCCCUGUGCACACUCACUAAUGUGGAGGAAGGGAUACAUUAGACAUUAGCAGAACUGGGAGAAAACACUUCUUUUUUUUCUUUAAUUUAUUUAUUUAUUAGAGGGAACAUAGAGCAACUGACAACCCUGUGGGUCUCUCGAAGAUAACAAGCCAAAGGGGCCACAUGUCUGUUUGCUCUGGGACCAAAUGCCAUAUUUAUGCAGUCUGAUCUGCAGCAUUGUCUGCCAGUCCUAACCCCCCAACUUGAAGUUUAAUUAUUUCAAAUGAUCCAGGCAGAGACAAAAAGGGAAAAUGCAUCUUAAUCGUUUUUUUGUUGUUUUUUUAUUUUAAAGUAAUUGAUUUGAAUGUUGUGGGAUUUUUAUAUCUAAGUGUGCCAGUCUAGUCAGAGAAUAGACAGUACUGAGUCACUAAGUAAUGGGUAAUACAUAAAACCUAGUUGUAUACUUAGUUAAAAUUCCAGCUCAUGUUUACUAAGUAAGUACUGGAUAGGUCAGCCUCUAAUAGCUUGUAUUACACUAAAGAAUUUAGACAGCUGGAUUUCUGCCUCAGCCUCUAAAUAGUAAAAGGAAGCAUUCAGCCAUGCCAGAGGCUGGAAUUCUGUAGCCAUUUAUUAAUGAUGGUUUGCUCUCUUUCUCUGGGACUUUUUGGUCCCAAAUAUACCAGGUGUUUGUGCAGUAGCUUUUAGAACAAUAUUAUUACAUGUGGUGUUUGCAGCAUGUUUUAUUGGGUUAUUCAUUCUGAUGAAUUUGUCCGUCACAUUUCAAAAAAAAAAAUUAGAUUCAGAUUUUAUACUGGGAACUUUAACAAGUUUUUUUAAAUUUUAAUCCAGUUUUGUGUAAAAUGAUUAUAAGAAACACAGUCCUUUCCUUGCCCUUUAUUAUAGAGGAAUGUGUUCUGUGCGUUCCCUUCUGCCUCAGUGGAACGUUCCUACAACUCUUAACUACAUAUAUGAGGAAAUGCUGCUGCAUUUUCUAAAGAAGGGGAGGGCUUUGUCUUUCAGGCUGAUUUCACUGCUAUAAUUUAGAACUGACCAAGCUUGGUAAAGUACAUUCAGGUGACUAUGAAACCCAAUGAAGCCAUAAACAGAGUUGCUGAUUUGCAUUGUGUCUUGUGUUAAAGAGCUUUGCUUGCUGUGGACAUAGAGCUGGCCUCUGUGUUCAGGUUAUUCAUACUGUGGGCCAUUGUCAGAAACAUGCACAUUUUCCUAGCCCAGGCCGACCAAUGUGUGAUCAUCUACCAGUUUUUAGGAAACCAAUAGUGAAAGCUGAUGUGCUAUGACGUGGUGUGCCCUGAAAUCUUUAGUUGCCAGGUAGCUGCUGAGCGCACUGGGGAUUAUGUAUUGGGUUUCAAAUGUUAUGAGGUCAAAGCCGUGAUCAGGAAAUGAUGGAGCCCCAUUUAGAACACUGGAUCAUUAAACACUGAGUGUGUGUCCAACUAAAGGUGUCAUAGGCUAUAGCAGUUACUCUAGAAAGCAACACUCUUCUGCAUAAUAAGUUUAAACAUGUUUCUGUAGAAGAUGCUCCGUAUAGGAAAAUGUCAUAAUCUGCAAUUUUAUGAUCUAGGAAGCAUUUUAAUAGUAAACUAAGGGGGAUUUGUCCUUGCUUGGUUACAGAACAAUCUGUCCCUAUAGAAAGAAACUUGGGCAGGGAUUACUUAUCACAUGUAUUUUUUUUGUAUGCCCUGUUAUUUCUUGGCUUGUUACAAACUUAAACAUUUUCUUUCAUGAUUCAGAUGGAGCAUACAAUAUUAAACGACUUUCCAAUUUACUUCUAUUGUCUAAUUUGCUUUGUUCUCUUGGUAUACUUUGUUGAAAAGGAUACCUAGGUAGGCUUAGGAGUUGGGAGCUAGCUGCUGAUAGGUGUCUGAAUAUAUAUUUCUUGUCAUUAUUUUACAAAUGUGUUUAGCUACUUCACAGUAAUGCAUUGCUGCACCUUCAAGAAAAGAUACCAAGAGAAUGAAGCAAAAUUGAUAAGACGUAAUUUGGAUAGUUGUUAAAAAAUUACAUGCUAUUUCUGAGCCAGGAAAAAAAUGGACUUCAUGUCCCUUUUAAGGGCAGCAAAGAGAGAAAAAGAGACUGUAUUGUAUCGGUGACAUGAUGGCACACUGUCAAAUGUGUCUUACUUGGGAAAACACCAAAGUUGUACAAAUAUCUAUUAUGACUUUGAGGGUGCUGUGAAUAGUACAUAGAGUAACAUAAUAAUAUUAAAACACUGCAUCUUUACAGGCUUAGGCAGCAUUUUUUUUAUUUUUUUUAUUUCUUAUAGAGGUAUUCUGAGAGCUGCCCUGGGGGUAGGAACAGUGGAAUCAAUCCCAAGAGGAAAGAUUUUUUUUAUGUGGAUAAAUAAUAUUUAAAAAAGGGAAUUAUAUUGUAUUUGUUAAAAUAUUCAAAACCUUUGUAGCCUCUGUUUGUACUUGAGCUAUUAAAUAAAAUAUCUGAAACAAAA